UCUUUACGGAUUUUGCUUUCACAUCACUUUUCAUUUUCCUGUUCUUGUACUGGACGUGUAUCGUAUUUUCGCGAAUCACGCCUUUGAUUUCAUCUCUUCUGUUAUAAUUAGGAAUUUUUUUGUGUGGUUUUGAUUUACCGAGGAUUGACGAGUCGUUCUAAUUUGAGAAUUGAGGAUACUAGGAUACUAGAACAUUGUAAUUUCUCUCUGGAGAUUCCGAUACUUGAUUGACUUGAUGUCAUCUGAUUUCAAGUUGGAAAUAGAUGGUGAGGAACCGCUUGUGAGCAUCAGAAAUGGAAAUGUUGAACAGAAUGAAAGAGGUGGUACAGUACAUAGAAUUCUCAGCGGUAUUCGAAAUCAAGGAAGCAAGUCGAUUAGCAAUUUCCUGACCAAUGCGCAACGCAGGGCUUUGGGUGAUAGGUUUUUCAGAGGGAAUCAAACUGUCAAGAAUAAUGGUUUGCUUGAUGGAGAUGAAACACGUGAACAUGGAUUAGGAAGGAAAACGGGUCCUCUUUUAUCCGGGACUGCGUAUUGCAUUUCUUCUUGCAGCAUGAUUAUACUGAAUAAAGUUGUUCUCUCUAGUUACAACUUCAAUGCAGGAAUAUCGUUGAUGUUUUAUCAAAAUUUGAUUAGUUCUAUAGUUAUUAUUCUAUUGGGCCUCUGCAGAACAGUUUCAAUUGAAAAGCUUAAUUGGAAGCUGAUUAGGCUGUGGAUUCCAGUCAACUUAAUCUUUAUCGGAAUGCUGGUAUCUGGCAUGUAUAGUUUGAAAUAUAUCAAUAUUGCAAUGGUGACAAUUUUGAAGAAUGUGACAAACAUAUUGACUGCCAUUGGAGAACUUUACAUUUUCCGGAAACGGCAGAACCAAAAAGUUUGGACUGCUAUGUUCUUAAUGAUCAUCUCCGCCAUAAGCGGUGGUGUAACAGAUCUUACAUUUGAUACAUUAGGCUAUGGAUGGCAGAUCACAAACUGUGUUCUCACAGCAAGCUACUCACUUACACUGAGGCGUAUCAUGGACGAAGCAAAGAAAUUAACAAGAUCUGGAUCUCUCAAUGAAGCUUCCAUGGUGUUGCUAAAUAAUUUAUUAUCUCUGCCAUUUGGUGUAGUUUUGAUCAUCUUAUUUGGUGAAUGGGCUUAUGUUAUGAAUGCGGAUGUAAUAAAAUUGCCAAUGUUUUGGGUUGUCGCCACUGCUAGCGGAUUACUUGGACUCGCUAUUAGUUUCACCUCUAUGUGGUUCUUAAAUCAAACUGGCCCCACCACCUACAGUUUUCUUUUGCAAACACCGGAUGUCAAAUCAUUAUUCUCAAGCCUUGUAGGUUCCUUGAACAAGAUUCCAAUAUCAAUUGCUGGCAUUCUUUUGUUUAAAGUUCCACUGAGUCCAUCAAACCUCUUCAGUAUAUUAUUUGGUUUAUUUGCUGGGGUGUUCUUCGCCAGGGCCAAAAUGUCUUCAAAGCCAGGCACGUAAUUUUCCUUUUAAUUAAAGUUAAUUUGCAAAAGAGUUCUGAGUAAUUUUGAGUUUGGAAUUAUUAAGUAAUUAUUAUUGCUAAAAAGGACAUUAAUUUCAGUGAAUUGUCUGUAUUCUGCUGAAGAAUAAUUGUAAAUUAUUCAGGGAAACGAAAAGAAAAGAAAGAAAAGUAAAGAAAGUAAAUCAAUUUUCUAUUUACCUUUUUCGUUUUUAUCACAAUUUAUUCCAAAGCAUUGAUGGCUAACAAAAAGAAAAGAAAAGAAAAGAAAAGAACAACGGUUACCUUUGACCUUUAAUUUG